UUGCCAUCUCCAGAACUUUCAAGAAACUGAUAAAUGGUGAGGACAUAAAAUUCUUCAAAUCUGUGUAUUGCUAUGGAAAAUGAAGUCAAAAGUUGGAGGAAUUAUCUGGAUGGCUUAUGGAAAAGAUUUCUGUGGAUCAAGCAGACUCCUAUCAGGGACGGCAUACAAGUCCCCCUGGCUCCCAUUCCAUGCUCAUGGUGGACAUGAUGACCACAUUGUCAUGGUCGUUUCCUCAGGACCUGGAUGUUUCUCAGAAGCCUUGCCAACAACAGUUGACUCCAGGAAGCCACUGCUAAGUGACCAGAGUUGGUAGUUGAGAUAAACUAUUUCUCUACAAGUGGGUACCUCCAUUCUUCCCCCUUAUUGGAACACUGGCUAUUUUAAAGUAUUUAAUAAUACCUUUUCUCCUCCUCAAUUUUGCCUGACCUCCACUACCACCUUCAACAAAUUUUGACUUUUGUAUGAUUCACAGUAAUGCCAGCACCACAGAAGAUAAUUUUUCAUGUGGAUGCACCAACUUCCUUAUGACUAUUGUAUUACUUUGCUCUGGUCUGAGACAAAGUUUUCUUUCUCAUAAUUGUAGACUGUACAUGUUCCUUCUGGCAGCUUUUAGCUUUUUUCUUGGAAAUCAUGCAAAACCAAAGCUUUGUAACUGAGUUCGUCCUCCUGGGGCUUUCACAGAAUCCCAGUGUUCAGAAAAUAGUAUUUGUUGUAUUCUUGUUCAGCUACAUUGCAACUGUCGGGGGCAACUUGCUAAUUGUGGCAACCAUCAGCAGCAGCCCAGCACUCCUGGGUUCCCCCAUGUACUUCUUCUUGGCUUUCCUUUCCUUCCUGGAUGCUUGCUUCUCUACUGUCAUUGCCCCAAAGAUGAUUGUGGACUCCCUCUAUAAGAAGAAAACCAUCUCCUUUGGAGGUUGCAUGACCCAGCUCUUUGCCGAACACUUCUUUGCUGGGGUGGAAGUGAUUGUCCUCACAGCCAUGGCCUAUGACCGCUAUGUGGCCAUCUGCAAGCCCCUACGUUACACAACCAUUAUGAACUGGAGGCUCUGUACCAUUCUGAUGGGUGUAGCUUGGAUGGGGGGUUUUCUGCAUUCCAUGAUACAAAUUCUCUUUACUUUCCAGCUUCCCUUCUGCGGCCCCAAUGUCAUUGAUCACUUCAUGUGUGAUUUGUACCCAUUACUGGAGCUUGCCUGCACUGACACUCACAUCUUUGGCCUCUUGGUGGUCGCCAACAGUGGGUCUAUCUGCAUUAUAAUCUUCUCUUUGUUACUCAUCUCCUAUGUUGUUAUUUUGCUCUCUUUGAGAACCCAUAGUCCUGAAGGGCAGCGGAAAGCUCUCUCCACCUGCGGAUCUCACAUUGCUAUUGUGGUUUUGUUCUUUGUCCCUUGCAUAUUUGUGUAUGCACGACCUCCAUCUGCUUUCUCUUUCGAUAAAAUGGUGGCUAUAUUUUACACCAUCCUAACUCCCUUGCUCAAUCCUUUGAUUUACACCUUCAGGAAUAAGGAAAUGAAAAAUGCCAUAAGGAAAAUGUGGAACAGAAUAAUGGUAGUUUGUAGUGACAAUUAAAACUUUGAAGUUUAAAAAAAAUGGUAAAGAGUAAAAGAGUCAAAUUCCCUAGACAAAACCUUUGUGUGUUUGUAUCUGUUUGAUAGGAGCUAAAGUAAUGCAAUUUUAAAAACCCAGUAAUAUGGAUCAUGAAAAAUGUUUUCACACUUAGAUCACUUAUCGACUCUGAAUUGGUAUCUCAGUAUCUUCAUAGUAAAUUUAAAAAAGAGUUGGAUAUUAUGUUUACCUAAAAUCUAAAAAUCAAUCAAUCAAACAAACAAAAAAUGAUUGAAGGGAGAAAUUAUCUAUCAGACCUCUUGCCACUCAACCCUUGCUUUGGCAAUUUUUUGUGGAGGCAUGGCAAUACUAUCUUAAGAGGUUAGACACUUAACACUAUUUCCAAUGAAAAGAAGUUUAUGCAUAGGGCACUGAUUUCAGUGACUUCCACUGAAGUCAGGUUCAGUGGAAGAGAUCAGUGCAUUCUCAGGACCUCAGCUAUAAGCGUUCCUGUAUCAUAGGACUAUGUUUUGAAAAACAGUAACUCACACCUUAGAUGUCAUAACCCCACUUCCCUACCUACUAUUCAUUCUUUUUAUUUUUGAGAGAAGUUAUUGUUUUCUGAUAUGGUACAUAAUCUAUUUACUUCUCUUAUUUUUUAUUUUUAUUUUUGUCAGCCUUCUCUUAUGGACUAUAAGCUCAACCGAAGCAGGGAAAUUUUUCCUUUUUCGGUUCAUAAUGUAUCAUUAGCAUCUAGAACAGCCUGAUGUAGGAGUUCAGUAAAUAAUUGUUGAGUAAGUCAAUAAGAAGAUAUCUUCCCAUAUUCACAUUUAAAUCUAUCUUUAACAUUAACACACUAAGGUGUCAAAUUUGGCAAUGGAGUGUAGUGAUUGUUGAUACUAGCUCUUAGAUCUCUUUGCUCUUGAUCCUUGACACAGACCAUUAAAAAUAAAUUCUACAUUCUAGCAAAUUUCCCCAUAUUUAAAAUCUAAAUUUAAUACAUAAAAAUUCAAAUAGGAAAUAAAGCCAUUACUCCCUAUCCAUUUUCUCAUUUUCAGUCUCUAUCCCUUCUUCCAUUCUCUGCAACAAUAAAUCUUGCUCUCAGUGAUCUGACUUUUAUUCAUAAAAUAUUUAUAAUCCCAAAAGUCCUCUAUUGCCUCAAAUUUGCACUUUAUUAGUUGGGUUUAUCUAUCCAGAGUUUCUGAAUUAUUCAUUGGAAGCCUUACUUUAGUAAGAUACAGAUUGAAAUGAGCAGAGUUUAAAUAAUCCUAAUGAAGACAGAGGUGACUCAAACUAUUACAAAACCCU